UUCUAUUUCAGGCCGAGGGGCAGAGUUUGUGAUGAUUUGAGGCAUAUCGUGAGGAAAAUAAAUCAUAAUGAAGUAAAAGUGGGGAAGUGUCAAAAUUGAUAUGUUUUGAGUGAAAAUUUGUUUAUGUCACUAGUUUAGUAAUUUGUAUAACUUAGCAAUGUCAGAUAGUAAAAAGGAAAGCCAUUUGUGUGUUUUGUGUAAUAAUAAAUUGGAAUCUAAAGAAGCUUUGAAAGAACAUUUCAGGAAACAUGCAAACAAGGAAAUUGAUAGCAAAGGCCGGAAAUUGGUGGUUGGUCCGAAUGGAGAGUCAAUACUUGACGUAUCAAAGUUUAGAGGUCGAGCGUACGAGAAAGGGUCCGCAUCAAAGUUUGUGGAUGGGGUGAUCACAUGUGAUGUCUGUGGGGAGAAAUUCUUGUGCAAUACUACAGCCAUCCAGCACAAGUUCAGGAAACACCCGGCGAGCUCACUGAAGUACUAUUGUCCCCAAUGUGGCAUGCAGUUUCCAUUAAAGAUACACCGAGAUAAACACCUGGCUGAACACACUCCCACCAACUCACGCCUGACAGUCCCGUGCAACGAUUGUGGGGAGAAGUUCUACAACAGAAACGCUUUAGAAUACCAUUCCAAGUCCACCCAUCAAAGGAUCAUUGCCCUGUACCAGCCAGUGCUUACUCCGCCGCCCAGUAAGAAGAUCAGGGUCAAUAAUGCUGGAGAUCCCCAGAGUGUCUACUACUGCCACAUCUGCGGCUUUGAGUACAUCGUCAAGUUCAACUUGCAGAAACAUCUGGAGAGGCAGCACACCAAGGAGGAGAGAGACAAUGCACCCAUGGACCUAGUCAAGUGUACCACCUGCGAUGCACUGUUCUACAGUCAGAAGGCGUACCAGAAUCACAACAUGUACCAUAAGCCUGACGAUCUGUACGUUACCAGUGAACAGCAGAGGUUGCAAACUGUGACAAGAGUCGACCAAGAUUUUGACAUCCGGAGAGUGCAGCUUGGGGCAGAGAAGUAUCUGCCCACUUACCGGAGAAGGAAGAGGAUAAGCAUACCAGUGAAAACGGCAAAGAAAAAACCAGUUGAAGACAGCUCCGACGAAAUGUCCCCACCCUCAGCGAUGGAUACUUCAAGUGAUUCUGAUAGCGAGAAACCACUCAAUAAGCGUAUUAACACUGUUGGAGAAAACAGAUCUAGCAGUAAGGAAGAAAACAAAGCCAAGAAUAUAGAAGUAAAAGAAGAAAUCGAAAUCAAAGAAACAGAAACUAAAACAGAUUCAGAAGCUCAAACUAAGAAAGAAAAAGAAGUUCAAAUUAAAGAGGACUCGGACAUUAGAAUUAAAGAAGAGAUUGAUAUUAAAAUUGAGAUAAAUGAUGAAGAUAGUGUUAUAGAGGAUGAUGAAGUACAAAUUAUUGAGGAAAGCGUAGUAAACAUUAAAAAAGAAAAUGAUAUUAAAAAAGAGAAAAAAGUCAAAGCUAAAAUCGAAAAGAAAAGUAAGAAAACAAAAAAGCUGAAGAAAGCGAAAUAACCACUAUUCUGAUUGUUUUAAUGUAAUUAAUGUGGAUGCUAUCAUUUAAUGAUACACAAUUGUAUGUUUUAAUAUUAAUUUAUUGCUUUGCUACAUUCUGGUCAUUAUAUUAAGAAAAUGUAUACAGAUCUUCCCAGUGUGUUGGUCAAUGUGUUGGAUGAAUCCUCACUUCAGCGUGUUAUUUUAUAGAGUAGCCUCCAAAGUGCUGUUUCAAGACAAGAUUUCAAUUUGUAUUAAGUUUUUCUGAACUAUGGAUAAAUUUGACAUGAUGUGCCUAUUUAUGCGUAGGCAACAUUCAAGCGAUAAUAAAAAUAGUUUAUAUAAAUAAAUAAGACACGAAAUAAGCACCUAUGUUUGGACAAACAUGUAUAAAAAAGAAGUAAAAACAACACCAUAUUUAAUCGGUUGGUUUGCUAAACUAUGAGGUGGAACAGAAUUACCAAUACUGUACAUUAAUAAUGUGUAAGUGAUUGAGAUAAUGUAUUAUAUUUAAAUGAUAUUAUUUGUUUGAGUUGAGGAACAAUUUCCUGCUUGUUCAUUGUUUAGAUAUUCGAAAAGUAUAUUGUGAAAGUGCAACCUCUUAUAACUAAAAAAGUAUUCAUGUUAGAAGAGCUCAAAAACCUGUGGAUGCUUCUCAAUCUUUAAAAUGACUCAUCUCUAACAAUUAUUUAAUUAUUCCUAAGCAUCGCAUAAUUUUAUGACAGGUCAAUUGUAAUACAACUUAAAAGACUAAACUAUACUAAAAUAUAGACUAAAUAAUAAAUGAAACAAUUUUAAAAUAUGGUACAUUAAAAAACUAUAAAGUAUAUUAAGGGGGCUGGCUGUACAUUCAAUAAUUUUGUUUGUUGGGUUAAACAAUACAACAGAUCAAUAACUGAAAAUAUGUAAAAUACAAUAAAUAAACAACUAUAACUAUAAUUAAUAAAACAGCAACUGAAAUAUGUUGGUAUAUUGACCAAAUAUAUGACAUUUCAUACUGAUAUUCUAAAAAUUCUAUUAAAGAAUAGAAUGUAUUUUGUUCAAGCCACUGAUGUAUAUUUUUCUGAAUUUACUUGGGCCAGUGAUCUCAGAUAUGCAUAGAUAACUUGUACACUUUUGGCCCCACUUACAGUUUGAGGACUUUAGCGGUGCGCGUGACCUUGAGUGUGUAGGUGAUAGGCGGGAGGGGAUGCAGGGUACCGUUAUGCGCUGCAUCAUGAAACCAUUCCUCAUUGGUAAAACCCUUCUUUUAGAAAUCGUAUUGGCCCAAAUAACUCAUCACACUCGCUACAAUCAGUCUGUUUUGUGACAAUGCUGAGUGUGGUGGUAGCUUGUGCUUCGCUUUUACCGACAAUGUCUGUUGAGUUAAAGUCGAAAGUCAAAGGUAGAAUUAUUCAUAGUCAGGCUCAUGAAAUUGUGAGUAAUGUUUAUACAUUUAUAAAGGGAGAGGCAGACCAUCAAACUGUUAAACUUCCGUUGUCAAAGGCUCGCCAAAGCUGCUACAGCAACUGGAGUGUCAGAGUGAAUUGUGACUCAAAAAACAGUGAGCUUAAAAAAUUGAAGGUUAAUCAGUGUGAGGCAAGUUUUACUACGCCAAACAAAAACCGUCAACGACGUAGAACAGUUACUCAUUUAGAUGACUUCAAUAAAUGUUUAGUGAGAAGACUAGUAUACAAUUUUCAUAUUGAAGAUCAUCGAAUACCAACAGCAAAACUAUUAAGGGAGGCGCUAAGGGAAAAAUUAAAUUUCCAGGGUUUUGAGAAAAGUUUGAGGUGGAUAUUAAAGGACCUGGGAUUUACUUGGAGAAGGACAGCAAACAAUAGGAAAUUAUUAAUUGAAAAGCCAGAAAUUCGAGAGAAAAGGAUAACAUACUUGAAGGCGUUGAAAAAUUAAAGGGAGCAAGGAUGCCCAAUGAUUUAUUUAGAUAAAUCUUAUAUACUAUCGUCUCACUUAUCUAACCAAACUUGGUCGGAUGGCUCAAAUGAAGGUUUACACGUGCCGAUUUCCAAGGGUGAGUGAUAAUAAUGAUCUAUGUGGGUGGAGAGAAAGGACUGGUAGUCGAUAACACGCCCUACCACAACAUACAAAUUUCUUCAAAAAGUAGGAAGCUAGAUAUGAAGGUGUGGCUUUAAAAAAAGAUACAAUUCUGUGACGAUAUGUUUUUAUCUGAACUCAACAAACUUGUGCAGCUACAUAAACCAAGGCAUGUCAAAUCAAAUCAAAGAAUUCUUUAUUGUUAAUUUCUUCAAGAAAUAACAUGGCGUCAAUAAUGUCCAGUAUAUAUGCCUUAUAUAUGUCCAGUAAGUACGCCUUGACGAAACUGUUCAACUAGAGGGUCAUGACUUCUUACGACUUCCUUCCUACCACCCAGACCUCAAUCCCAUUGAAUUAAUUUGGGCUGAAGUCAAAAGUUAUGUGGCUAUGAGAAAUACAUCUUGUACUAUGUCUCAAGCUAAAGCUCUAUGUGAAGACAAGAUAUCAAGUAUGAGCGCAGAAGAGUGGUCAGUAAAGUGCAAGCACGUAGAGAAAAUCCAAAAAGGACUGUGCAGCCGUAGAACCCCAGAUUGACAAUAUUAUAGAAUCCCUUAUUAUAUCAGUUGGUUCGAAUACAGACAGCAGUGACAGUGACCCAAAAGAGGAGGACAAUUUGAGUGGGAUUGAAGAACUCCAAUGAAAAAACAAUAAUUUUAAGUCACAUUUGUUAUUAGAAAAUUAUAUUUAUUCUUGAAUUUUGUUAACUAAAUAUUAUUGAAGCGAUUGUAAACCAAAUAAUAAGAGAAUACCAAAUAAUAGCAAUAAUAGGACUUAUACUUGUUUUUCAGUUGUUAUUGUGUUGUUUAACGUGGUUUUGAAAAUAACUUAUUUGUCAAUACUAAUUGGCAAAUUGAAUCGUGAGUUUAAAAUGUCGUUAAAGAGAUGGUCAUGCCUUCAUCUCAGCGGCUAGCACGUAAACGCAACCCGCCACACAAAUAGCGUGUAUUUGUUGAAAGGGUAGUAUUUGGGCUACAUGUGCGCAGCUAAAUUCCUCGAACUGUACUGAGGCGUAACAACGUCGUCUAUGUCGUAUAGUUUUAUAACAUGUUUAUGUCUUGUGUUUUGUCUGUGUACUGUUACUGGGACUUUACUGGACAUGCUAUCUUCAAGAUAUAGUGGAUAUAAAGUGUUAACAUUUUUAGAUUAAUGAAACUGGUUUUGCAAUGGGCACAUGGAGUAUGCCUGCUAAAAUUCUCACAGCCUUUCUAUGCAUAUAUAUUAUGAAAAAAGAGGGUCCAAGAAUGGAACCCUGUGGUACACCAUAUUGUAGGUUACUCAAGUUUGGUCUUUUAACCCUUUGGACGCCAAUGUCCGGUUCAUCGGACCGUCGAAGUCUAGUCGAAAAUCGCUUUUCGAUCGAUCGGACCGCCGAGGUCCGGGCGAAAAGCGCCAACGUCCGAUUGAUCAGCCAUUCAAGAAAAACAUCUUUUAAAAGUUAUUUUUUAACUUGAAAAGUCUGUUUAAACUGUUUAGUAGGACUAUUUUAGAAGUAAAUAAGACUAUCUGUAAUUAAAUUUGUUCAGUUUAGUGUCCACCCACUGUGUUUCCCUAAACACACAUGUUAGAAGUGACGGGGACAAAUGUAUAUUAUUUGUAAAUAAUUAUUUUGUUGACAAAGAUUUUUCUUACUUUUUUGAAGAAAAUCUAUGAUAUAGACUUAUAGUAGUGAGAAGAUGCUCUCAUUUUAAUACUAUGUAAGUAUGUACAAACGUAUUUCUUACUGUAAAAUUAAUUCUAGUUAUAGUAAUUUUUUCUAAUAUCAACACUAAUUAAAAGUAUUUUUUGUGAAACUAUUUUUCAACUUUCAGUUCUGAAUUUUUUGUGAGUAGUCUUAUAUAUAAUAUCUGUAACGAAUAAAAAUAUCACCGAUAGGUAAAAAUAUUUUUUUUUCGUACCAAUAUUUUGGCCUGAAGUGAAAUUUUUAUGUAAACAAAUGUUUUGGUUAGGCAUUACCACAUCAUAAACAAUGUUGUUCCAUUCUAAAUGCUGUUUAUAAUAACACUAUUCGAUAGCGCAUAUAAUUUCCUACAAAUAAAAAAAUAAACAUUCAAUUAACAUAAAAACUAAGGAUAAUACAGAGCAAAGCGUAACAAGAACAUCAAAACAGGGCUGGUGGUUUUGGCUAGUACAGUUGGGUAGGGCGACAGCCUUGGGCGUUGGCGUCCAAAGGGUUAAGUGAACAAAAUUUUUACAAUUACUCUUUAUUUUCUGGAUUUAAAAAUAUGAGAUAAACCAACCUUAUUCUGUAUUCCCCCCCCCCCCAAUAAUUUAUCACUUUAUUCUAGGAUUUCAUGAUUGACACAGCAAAAGCCCUUAAAUAGGUUACCGAGAACAACAGCCCUCUGUGAAUAAUAAUGGUUUCACUUUAACAUGUUUGAAUUUUUCUGGAAAUAUGCCUUGUGCAAGUGAUUGAUUAAUCAAUUUAGAAAGAGGAUUCCCAACUAUGUGAAAGGCUCCUAUAUUUAUUACCCAAUAAUAUUAAGUGUUGGACAUUGCACCAGUUUCUUUAAUUUGAAUGGGCAUGUCUGAUUUUGAAAUGUUUAACCCUAGUUCAUUUUUAUUACUGCUCGAGUAGUUUUGGAUUUGUUUUCAGCUGUCAUUACAAAUUUAUCAUUGCAUUUUUAUUUUCCCAGAGGGACACCUUACUAAAAACAAUUUUUCAUACCGGUUGUAGUAAUUGAAAAAUUGGAUCCUUACUCCAAUUUAAUUCAAAAUGGAACUGCUUUUUGUGUUAGGCAGAAUUUUAAUGCCUUGAGUCACCCAGUGUUGUGGACUUGUAUUAUUGUUUGAAUUUGGUGUUACCAGUGGAGAAGCUUCAUUGUAUAUACUAAUAAAGUGUAUUAAAACAGGAGAUUUUUAGUUUUGCAGAAAUUUCCUGGAGCUAUAUUUUUACCCUGAAAAUAUGAUGAUCUCCAGUGAAACUCAGUGACAUGGUAACCAUAUAUGCAUUGCAAUCAAAUGUGACAUCAAAACAAAUGUAGUUUUGGUCAAUAUUAACCCAGGAGAUGAAACAGUGGAUAAGGAGAAUCACAUUUACUAUAAUGUAAACUGGUUGGCCUGGGAUACAGAAGGUUCAGUGAUCAUCAUCCAACACAUUCCACACUGGGCAAGGUCUGUAUUUAUAUAGUUGUUGUAAUUUUACAAUACAGUAUUUUGUUAGAUAAGCAUAUUUAUAAGAUGUGUUUGAAAUACACAAUUGAUUUAUA